AUGGGCUCCGACCCCCAGUACACCAAGUGGCCGCUGCUGCCGCUGGCCCAGCAUGUGUUUACGCUGACGAACCCGUAUGCGGGCCGUGCGGCGCAGCAGACGGCGGUGAAGGCGGUGCAGGAGGCGAUUGCCGAGCACAAGAUGGCGCCGCUAUACCGAUAUCUGGCGCACCCGGUGGAAGGCGUGCUGAAUGCGGUGGGCGGCGAGGGGAGCAGCAGCGGGGCGGUGCGGGCGGCAGCAGCGGCAGCGGUGGCUGCGACGGCAGCAUCUUCAGCAGCGGCAGCCACAUCGACGACAGCAGCAGCAUCGACGACGACGACGACAGCCGGCCGGCCGCUGAGCCGCAAGUCGAGCGUAGUGGGCAUGAUUGCGAACAAGAACCCGACAGCGCUGGCGGCACUGGGCUGGGACGAGGAGCUGUACCAGUCGCUGGCGGCAGCGAACGAGGCCGAGCUGGCGGGUUUGCAGGCCGAGGAGGACGAGGCGGUCGAGCAGGCGGGCGAGACGGAGAUCCAGGGCGUGCGCGGCAAGCGGGCCGAGUUUUGGGCGCGCGUGGGCGACAAGGAGCGGGCGCUGGCCGCGUACGAGGCCAUGCUCGACAAAACGGGUCCGCUGGGGACCAAGAUCGACGUCGUGCUCGCGACCGUGCGGCUGGGCCUCUUCUUCGGCGACAAGGUGCUGGUGCGCGGUCAGGUCGAGCGAGCCACGGCGCUCGUCGACGCUGGCGGCGACUGGGACCGCCGCAACCGGCUCAAGGCCUACGAGGGCCUGCACCAGCUGACCGUGCGGGCCUACAGCGCUGCCGCUCCGCUGCUGCUCGACAGCCUCUCGACCUUUACCAGCUACGAGCUCUGCUCGUACGGCCAGCUGGUCGUGUACGCCGUGCUGGCCGGCUCCGUCAGCCUCAAGCGCGUCGACUUCAAGGCCAAGGUUGUCGAUGCCCCCGAGAUCAAGGCCAUCCUCGGCGACGGCGAGGAUAAGCUGCUGGCCCUGGCUGGCGUCAUCUCGGCCGGGCCGGGCGUCGGGUCGGACGCAAGCGGGGCUGCCGCUACGAUUAGCACAGCCACAGCUACAGCCACCUCUUCAGCCACACCUCCGCCUGCUGCCACUGCCCCUCUUGUCAACCUCACGACGCUCGGCACUGGCGUCGACCAGCCCGUCGCCGAGGCCGCCGUCGACUUCUCGCCGCUUGCCCAGCUUGUCGCCAGCCUCUACAAUGGCCGCUACCGCCAGUUCUUCCAGGCUCUCGCCCAGGUCGAGGAGCAGUUCCUUACGCAGGACCGCUACCUCCACGAGCACAAGAGCUGGUUCAUCCGCGAGAUGCGUCUGCGUGCCUACCAGCAGCUGCUGCAGUCGUACCGUGUCGUCGGCCUCGACAGUAUGGCCCAGGACUUUGGCGUCACUGUCGACUUCCUCGACCGCGAUCUUGCCAAGUUCAUUGCUGCCGGCCGCAUUCCCUGUACCAUUGACCGCGUCACUGGCCGCGGCGUCAUCGAGACCAACCGGCCCGACGACAAGAACAAGCAGUACCAGGACGUCGUGCGCCAGGGCGACCAGCUCAUCACGAAGCUGCAAAAGUACGGCCAGGCCGUACGGCUGCGCGGUAGCGAGCGCGCAUAG